GUGUAGUACAACGCUCUUUGCGUAUACGACACAUCUCUUUGGCCUAAUAAUAUGCAUUUCUUCUUUUCCGGAUGUUUUGUUACUAUUAUUGUGAUUCACGCGUAAUAUCACUUAUUAAUUAGUAGCUGUCACCAUAUUUUAAGAUGUACGAAGUGGUCGUGACUUUAUAUAUGGUGUGAGAAGUAUUCGUGUGUAUUUUUGUAUUUAAUUAUUAGAAAUAAGGUUACAAUCAUAAUGGCGUAUCGUGGCAUCACGGAUCCAUUCACUCCUAAAACAACUCGGAAUGAAAGGUUCGCUCAGAUGUCGAGGCAGGAACAACUUAUUGAACAAAAGAAAAGAGAAAUUCAAGCCAAAUUGGAAGAACAGAAGAAGAAAGAAGCCACGGAAGCACUGAAAAAGUUUCAGAGUGCUGGAACUACCAAGACCAGUCCUGGAAGUAAGGUUAACCCGCCAUCCACUCAAUCCAAAGGAGGAAGGAAAUCUUUUUGGAAGAGUGAUCAAAGGUGGAAGAAAGAAACUUCAUACACAGAUGACUCCUCUUCAAAGUCAAAUUCUGUUAAUAUUUUCAACAAUGAUGGCAGCUUUCUAGAUCAAUUCAGAAAACUUUCAGGGGUGAAAGAUUCCAAAAUCAAACGUGAAGAAGACACUCCUCAUUCCUUAGGAUUUGAUUCCAGGCCAUCAGGAUCUUCAGAAGGUAGUAAAAGAGAAUCAGAUACGGACUGGGGAACAUGGAACGCCACUGAGAACCAAACAUCUGUUAUGGAGAGAGAAAACCCCCUUACGGAUCGUCGCAACAGUCAUGGGGAGAGAGACCAGGAUAAAGAUGAACUGCUGCAAAACAGUGAACGUUUGGGAACUGCUCACUGGUUCCAGUCUCACACUCAGGAAGAAAGCAGCAAUUGGCAGGGACAGAGCAAUUCUCCCCCACCCUCCACAGUACCCAGGCCCUCAUCUCCUUAUUCACCAACUCGUGCUACCACAGACCCUCCUCAAACCCCAGAGAAACCGGCAAUCCCCAUCCUAAACCCUUUGCCACAAUUUCAGCAGCCGCCUCUACACCCCACUGCCACAUUGCCACCCCUCACUUCUGCACCUCCUCCAAAUCUCCUGCAGAGGCCACCAGUACAACCUUUCAUAUCAUACACUGCUCCCCCUCCUCCAAUUCAUGCUGUGCAACCUGCACAGUUGCCACCCCCCACAGUUCCUCCUCCAACCCUGGCUGGUGUCCAAGGAGCACCAGCGGUUGUGGCUCCUUCUUUGCCAGCAUCUUUGAGUGUUCCUCCUCCAACACAGGUUUUGCAGCACGCGAUACCACCCACAGCAGUACCACCUAGCAAUCCUCCUACCCUAGCCCCACAAAUCUUGCCACCCCCAGCUUUGUUACAACAGCCUCCCAUAGGACCACCACCUAUACUUCCACAAGGUCUGCCUCCACCCGGUACCUUACCACCUACUGUCCCUUCGUCUGUAUUAGCCAAUGCUGCACCUGUCAUCCAGACUGCCAUACCCCCUCCACCCAUCCCAACUGCUGUGAUGUCGGUUGCCCAUGCCAUUCCUCCACCCUGUGUUCCUCUCUCUGUCCCUGGAGCUGCGAUGGCCGGCGUGACUGCGGCCCCUGGGACUGGAGCAGCGCCACUGGCUCCUGAUCCUGCAGAAGAAGAGGCGACUACUCACUUGGCGCGAAUGGUGGCACAAUGUGGAGAUGAUAUCGAGGAGAUCAUCAAAGUGCGAAAUCCUGAUGACAAAAACUUGUUCCUGCAUAGCAAAAAUAGUACAGCAUAUAUUCAGUACCGCUGUUUGGUGGAUAAAUUUCGUGCUGAAAUGAAAAAGGACGAGAAAGAGAGUACUGAUAGGAAAGAAGAUAUAAAUAACAAAAAUAUCAUUCAAGACCUACAAUCUGAUUGUAGAAAUGAUUCUAAUAUUAAUGAAUAUGGGUCUGUGAAACAAGAAAUUAAAAGUGAACCAUCUGAUGAAUACUCUUACAAAAGAGAUAUAAAGAGAGAACAUGUGGAUGAUGAAAAUUCUCGUCACAGUGAAGGAAAGAGGUCUGGUGAUGACAGUGAUGAGGGAGCUCUGAGGCGUCGAAAGAGGCGAAGUCGUUGGGCUCCUGAAUCUGAAAAGGUGGAACUUGCUGCUCCAGCUAUUGCAUCUGUGGCGGUAGGAGGCAAACCUGCCCCAGCACCAGGACCUCCAAGUCACUUACUAACCAAGAUCUCACGAACAGAUCCUGCUCUCAUACAAUAUGCUAUUCAAGCUUUUGGAACAAAGAACCUUUCCGAGGAAGACUGGAAGAAGGCUGAGGACCAUUAUAAGAUCAAUCUUUUGUAUCAAGACAUGAUGCGAAAACGACAAGAGGUGGAACAGUUGCAAAGACAAGGAAAGUUCAAGUAUGAAUAUGACAGUGAUGAAGAGACUGAUGGUGGGACUUGGGAACAUCGACUUCGACUAGCGGAAAUGGAGGCAACACAACUCUGGGCAGAAGAACUCACAAAGAAGGCAGAAGGGAAGCACCACAUUGGAGAUUUCUUGCCACCAGAUGAGUUGGAGCGAUUCAUGGAAAAGUACAGUGCACUAAAGGAAGGUAGAGAACCUGACUUAUCAGACUAUAAAGAAUUCAAAUUAAAAGAGGACAAUAUUGGGUUUCAAAUGCUUCAAAAAUUGGGCUGGUCAGAAGGUCAAGGUCUAGGGACGGAUGGAGCAGGCAUUGUGGAUCCUGUAAACAAAGCAUCAACUCGACCAGAAAACCAAGGAUUGGGCUUAGAAAGACCAGAAGAUGUUUCAAAAGGGGAUGAUGAAUAUGAUGCUUACAGGAAACGAAUGAUGCUUGCUUACAGAUUCCGACCCAAUCCUUUAAAUAAUCCAAGACGUCCAUAUUAUUGAAUAUGUUGUAAAAGGUGUUAUUUGUGAAAGAAUUCUGAAGAUGAAGUUGGAAGAAAAAAUGGUGAAUGUUUGUGUUUAUGUACAUACAAAGAUAGGUAAUAGGAAUUUUUACCUAAAUGUAAUUAUUUUAAGCUAUCAAUUUUAACCACCAAGUAACUGGCAUUGCAUUAAAUUUAUUCCAUUUUUAUACAUUGCCAGUUUUGUGGUUAAUUGUUUGUGCUGUAAUUAACAUUUAUUAAUGUUGUAAGACUGUGGAGUGUAAUCGUGAGAUCUUGUCAAAUUUUUGAGCUAUUCACAAUUUAUCUUCUGAGAAUAACAUGAAGCCGGUACAAUAGCUCUGAAAAUUUCACAUCUAAGUAAUGAUUUGGACAAAACAAUUUAAGAAUGUGUUCAUGUGUUUUGAGUACCACAGAAAAUACUAUGGAGUAAUUAUAUUUUUGGCAGUGUAGUUUUAUUGCCCACUGUAGCUUUUUCAUGUUGGGGAAAUGGUAAGGGUGUUAUUAUAGGACAUGAAAUGUGAAUAUACUAUUGUGAAAUCCUGACUGACACUUUCUGUGAAUAUUUGGCAGCAAGUAAAUAUCUCAUAGCUUCUCUAUAUUUGAGAAGUUGUUUAGAAUAUAUUAUUCUCCAAACAGGUGAGGUUUCAGAAUAUUUUUUGGUCCUUAUAUCCAGAAAGCCUAUACAAUUUGUGUGAAAUUGAUGAGUGAAUGGGUAAAUGUUGCUUUCUGUUUCAAUGUAAUUUACAAAUUUAAAUGUGUCUUGAUGUACUGUUUAGUUGUAACGUAAUUGUUAAUGGUGCUCUAAGAUGUUUGAAAAUUUGUUGUUUUGAAAAUUAAUAGUAUGGGUACUAUUAUUUCAAUAUCAAUAGAUUUUUUUCUUGAUGUGAAACAUGGCCCAAAUUUAAUUUAAUCCUGAAGAGCACUGUUAGUUGAAUGUACUCUUCCUCUUCUGCGUUGUCUGCUGAAAUUGAAUGUUAUCAUAAACUAGAGGGGAAAAUUGGGUUGAAAUUAAUUUGUUGUAACAUGAAAUGCUUACAGCAAUUUGGUUUGUUCAACUUUUAUAUCUCCUUUAUAGUUCCCUGACAAUUGCAACACAAUUUUGCCUUCUUUUGUGCCACAUGGAAAUCAGGGUACUAUUGUAUGCAUAUAUUUUUAAUUUAAUUUAAUUUGUGUAAAUGUAUUUUGAAAGGAGAAAUGUUUUGUAUAUUUUGUCAUGUGUAGCAUAGAGUAAUUGUUUCAAUCUUUAAAGGUACCAGUGGUUGUAAAUUUGUGUUAAACACAUGAACCAAUCAAAAUAUAGUAUAACUUUAUAUAAUGAUCCCAAAUCUUUGUUUACAUUUUAUAUGUGUGUAGCUCAUUCAAUUUACAUAGAUUAAAAUAUUGAAAUGAACAUUCAUAUGUAUUUCUUAAUAUUCAUGUUAAAAUUCCAUUUCCAUCAUUUGUCUUGUUUCUUAGAUAAUAAAAAUUAAAUUUAAAAAUGUA